AUGUCUCGAAAUAUUCUGGUCUUUGCUUGGAUAAUAACCAUUUAUUUUAUAAACCAUGCCACGCCAAACAAGAUUGCCCUCACUGGCUUAAAACCUCAAAGUCCCUCCCCGAUACAAACAUCCGUCUCAAAAGAUAUCCAAACCCCAACAACAAGUAAUUCUCCCACAAAAUCACCAGCGCCAACAUCUCCUCCACGCAAAACCAUCUCCCCCACUUUCCAAAUCGCAAAACGGCAAUCAUACCCUGAAUCCUGUGGAGAUUAUCAGAUUCCCGGUUUCAGUCUGCAAUUAGAUCCUAGACAGACUUGUUUGGUGGAUGAGAAUGGGUUGAUGUUUGGUGCCUGUGCCACGCGCAUCUCGGAUCCAAAUAAUUGUGGAUGGGCGGAGGUUUGCGUGGAUCAUCAUGCCUGUACGAGUAGUUGUGGGAGAACUUCUGUGCCUAAUUUGAGUGUUACGACUUGCGGUGGAAGUGGAGAUGGAAAUGAUUAUUGCGCCUUUUGGUAUCUCGUGACAGAAACCUAUAUCUUUACAUCUAUUACAUGUAGCGAUCGACAAAGCUGGGAGACUUGGGAUGCUACUUUGGUUACAUCAAUGUCUGUGAAUCUCGCUACCUUAUUUACUACUACUGCAGCCGCUUCCACAUCUACAUCUACAUCUACACCAGCAAGUUCGAGCACAUUAACUAUCUCAGUUGCAAAUAUAAGCGGGGAAGGUAACAGUAGUACUGUCUACUCGAGUCCUCAUAAUAGCAAUCAUUCAUUAGGAGCAAUAAUCGGGGGAGCAGUCGGUGGACUUGGUGCUGUCUUAAUUUUGGCUGGCCUCGCCUGGUUCUUGCAUCGCCGAAUAGAGUCCAAAAAAAGAGCCAGCAGAGCUCUCGCAUUCGAUCCUGGACAUUCUUCUUCUGAUGACUCCGAUCCACCCAAUGUGAUAGGCCCCCCUCUCGCCGAUUCUACUCACCGCUUCGUCAGGUCGUCGAAGCUCACCGGAGGUCCUGGACAAGGAUAUCAUGGGACGAGUUAUAUGGAUAGUCCACUUGGGAGCCCGAAUAUUGACGGUAGUAUUCAUAAUGGCGGACUUCGCACUUCAAUGGUUACAAUACCAGGUGGUGCACCAAGUGUGCAUAGCGCGUAUGCUGAUACUCCUGUGUAUGAAAUGCAUGCCGAUGCCAUUGGACCUGCUGAAUUACCAACAUAA